CGGAUAACGUACAGUGCAGGCAGCUCCUCCCUCCCUCCUCUGCUCUGCUGCUCAGUGCUGAUGGCCUCCCUCCUCGUGCCUCGCCCCGCCGCACGUCGCGCGCCCACGACCACCAGGCGCCGCGCCGUCCCCGCCAAGAUCUCCUGCAUCGGAUGGGACCCGGAGGGCGUCCUUGGUCCGCCGCAGGGCGGUCACAUCGCGCGCCUCGAGUUCCGCCGCCGCCUCGAGAGUGACUCCGAGGCUCGCGAGGCCUUCGAGCGCCAGGUGCGCGAGGAGCACGAGCGACGACGCAACGAGCGGGAGGCGCGGGUGAUCCCUGAUACGGACGCUGGCCUCGUCGAGUUCUUCCUCGACACCGAGGCACGCGAGAUCGAGGUCGAGAUCGGAAGGCUACGACCCAGGCUAAACCAAGGAUUCUUCGACCAUCUCACGCGGGACAUAGCACAGAUCAAAUUUGCGGUCACCAGAACAGCGGAGAUGGAAGACAAAUUGAUAGAGUUGGAAGCAAUUCAGAAGGCUCUUCUUGAGGGAGUCGAGGCGUAUGACAAGUUGCAAAAUGACCUUGUGACGGCUAAAGAACGGCUGAUGAAGAUUCUGGAGUCAAGUGAUAGAAAAUCGACAUUGCUUGAAAUGGUGGAACGGAAUGAGCUGAACAUGUCCAUACUAACACUUCUUGAUGAGAAUAUAGCAAGUGCAAGGACGAGUAAUCAGAAUGAAGCCAUUGCUUUCAUGGAGGACGUGCGAUCAUCUAUUGUGAAAUAUAUAACAGUAUGAGUUUUGUUGACGUAGCUGUUCAAAUUAAUGCCAUGAACUUGAAAUUUAUAAGGACAUAUCGACAUAUCGUGGAUGAGGUUGAACUAUGUUUCUGCUGUAUUUAGUUGCUGUGUUUCAUAUCUGUUCCGGUCAUCAGUGCCGUUAGCAUUAUUGGCAAAGAGAAAUUGUAAGACCUUAAACAUGUACUGAAGCAAAUACUGCAAAGUUUUGAACUUUUUCCUGGUUGGACAACGGACAA